AUGUCUACAGUUCCGCACCACCACCAGUUUACAGUUCUCCACCACCACAAUAUGUCUACAGUUCUCCACCACCACCAUAUGUCUAUAGUUCUCCACCCCCACCAUAUGUCUACAGUUCUCCUCCACCACCACCAUACUACUCAUAGUCUCCUAAGGUUGAUGACAAGUCUCCUCCACUACCAUAUGUCUACAGUUCCCCACCACCCCCAGUUUACAGUUCUCCACCACCACCAUAUGUCUACAGUUUUCCACCAUCGAGUUUACAAUUUACCACCACCACCAUAUGUCUCCAGUUCUCCUCCACCACCGCCAUACUACUCACCGUCUCCUAAGGCAGACUACAAAUCUCCUCCACCAUCGUAUGUGUACAGCUCUCCACCACCACCAGUUUACAGUUCUCCAUCACCACCAGUUUAUACUUCUCCAACACCACCUUAUGUCUAUAGUUCUCCACCACCACCAUACUGUUCCCCUUCCCAUAAGGUACACUACAAAUCUCCACCACCACUUUCUCCACCAUUACCAUACUACUCCCCUUCUCCUAAGGUACACUACAAAUCUCCUCCACCACCGUAUGUUUAUAGUUCUCCACCACCACCAUACUACCCACCUUCCCCUAAGGUACACUACAAAUCUCCUCCACCACCGUAUGUUUAUAGUUCUCCACCACCACCAUACUACCCACCUUCCCCUAAGGUACACUACAAAUCUCCUUCACCACCUAUGUUUAUAGUUCUCCACCACCACCAUACUACCCACCUUCCCCUAAGAUACACUGAUACACUACAAAUCUCCUCCCCACCGCUUGUCUGUAGUUCUCCACCACCACCAUACUAUCCCCCUAAAGUAGACUACAAGUCUCCAGCGCCACCUUCAUACUACUAA